CCCUUGUGCGCGCGCACACAGGGAAUUGUCCUAUUCAGUGUGUGUGGCAGCAUAUUAUGAACAGCAUUUUACGGCCUGGUUUUUACGCAGUAUCGGAGUAAAGUUUGUGGUGUUUGGGGAGCUGUUGCUUGUUAGACAUAAGCGAUUUGUGCCACUUUAUCUUGUUGUGUAAAUCAGCGGAAGCGGAGGCCUAGGGAAGAAAGGGACGCCGGGCCCUCGGAACUCCGACUCCAUCCCCCGGGGGAUGAGCGGCUCCCGUAAUAAUCGGGUGAUGGUGGAAGGGGUGGGUGCUCGAGUUUCCCGUGGCCCGGAUUGGAAGUGGGGCAAACAGGAUGGUGGCGAGGGUCAUGUUGGCACUGUACGUAGCUUCGAGAGCCCCGAGGAGGUUGUGGUGGUCUGGGACAACGGCACAGCCGCCAACUAUCGCUGCUCUGGAGCCUAUGACCUGAGGGUGCUGGACAGCGCUCCCACCGGCAUCAAACAUGAUGGGACUAUGUGUGACACUUGUCGCCAGCAGCCUAUAAUUGGAAUCCGCUGGAAAUGUGCAGAGUGUACCAACUAUGAUUUGUGCACUGUGUGCUAUCAUGGAGACAAACAUCACCUUAGACAUCGAUUUUACAGGAUCACAACCCCAGGAAGUGAACGAGUACUUUUGGAAUCUCGUAGAAAGUCUAAGAAGAUUACAGCAAGGGGAAUAUUUGCUGGUGCUAGGGUGGUUCGUGGCGUAGAUUGGCAGUGGGAGGAUCAAGAUGGCGGCAAUGGAAGGAGAGGGAAGGUAACCGAGAUCCAGGACUGGAGUGCAUCAAGCCCACACAGUGCAGCAUAUGUUCUUUGGGACAAUGGAGCAAAAAAUCUUUACAGGGUUGGAUUUGAAGGCAUGUCAGACUUGAAAUGUGUACAGGAUGCCAAAGGAGGGUCGUUUUACAGAGAUCACUGCCCAGUGCUUGGUGAACAAAAUGGUAAUCGUAAUCCUGGUGGCCUGCAGAUUGGUGACCUGGUCAACAUUGACUUGGAUUUAGAAAUUGUGCAGUCGCUGCAGCAUGGGCAUGGGGGCUGGACUGAUGGGAUGUUUGAAACAUUAACUACUACUGGCACAGUUUGCGGCAUUGAUGAAGAUCAUGAUAUUGUUGUCCAGUAUCCAAGUGGAAAUAGGUGGACUUUUAAUCCAGCUGUUCUCACAAAGGCAAAUGCUGUGCGUAGUGGAGACACUGCUCAGGGGGCAGAAGGAGGAACAUCUCAGUUUCAAGUUGGGGAUCUUGUACAAAUAUGCUAUGACCUGGAACGAAUAAAACUUCUACAGAGAGGCCAUGGUGAAUGGGCAGAAGCAAUGCUUCCUACUCUGGGUAAAGUUGGCCGGGUACAACAGAUUUAUUCAGAUAGUGACCUAAAGGUGGAAGUUUGUGGCACCUCUUGGACGUAUAAUCCAGCUGCUGUUUCCAAAGUGGCUUCCGUAGGAUCUGCAAUUAGCAAUGCAACUGGCGAGAGAUUGUCACAACUGUUGAAGAAGCUUUUUGAAACACAAGAAUCCGGAGACCUCAAUGAAGAAUUGGUUAAAGCAGCUGCAAAUGGGGAUGUAGCCAAAGUAGAAGACUUACUCAAAAGACAGGAUGUGGAUGUAAACGGUCAGUGUGCUGGACACACAGCCAUGCAAGCAGCAAGCCAGAAUGGACAUGUAGAUAUUCUGAAAUUGCUUCUGAAGCAAAAUGUCGAUGUAGAAGCAGAGGAUAAAGAUGGCGAUCGAGCUGUACAUCAUGCAGCUUUUGGAGAUGAAGGUUCAGUUAUUGAGGUAUUACACAGAGGUGGAGCAGAUCUAAAUGCUCGUAACAAGCGCAGACAGACACCACUACAUAUUGCUGUCAACAAAGGCCACUUGCAAGUUGUAAAAACUUUGUUGGACUUUGGCUGCCACCCCAGCUUACAGGAUUCAGAAGGUGAUACUCCGCUGCAUGAUGCAAUUAGCAAAAAACGUGAUGAUAUUUUGGCUGUGUUAUUAGAGGCUGGAGCAGACGUUACUAUCACAAACAACAAUGGCUUUAAUGCUCUCCAUCAUGCUGCAUUGCGUGGAAACCCAAGCGCAAUGCGUGUUCUCCUUUCCAAAUUACCUCGUCCAUGGAUUGUGGAUGAGAAGAAAGAUGAUGGAUACACAGCUUUGCACUUGGCAGCACUCAAUAAUCAUGUUGAAGUAGCAGAACUAUUAGUGCACCAGGGUAGUGCAAACUUGGAUGUACAGAAUAUAAACCAGCAGACUGCACUUCACCUUGCUGUUGAACGUCAGCAUACACAAAUUGUCAGGUUGUUAGUUCGCGCUGGAGCAAAACUGGAUAUCCAAGAUAAAGAUGGUGAUACCCCACUCCAUGAGGCCCUUAGACACCAUACCUUGUCACAACUUCGCCAGCUGCAAGACAUGCAGGAUGUUGGCAAGGUAGACACUUCUUGGGAGCCAUCAAAAAAUACUUUAAUCAUGGGACUCGGUACUCAAGGAGCAGAGAAGAAGAGUGCAGCUUCUAUAGCCUGUUUUCUUGCAGCCAACGGUGCAGACCUCACUAUCCGCAACAAAAAAGGGCAGUCUCCUCUGGAUCUAUGUCCUGAUCCCAGCCUUUGCAAAGCCUUAGCCAAGUGCCACAAGGAAAAAUCUAGCGGUCAAAUUGGAACCAACAGUCCCUCCAUGAUCAACAAUGAUUCUGAAACUUUAGAGGAAUGCAUGGUGUGUUCGGAUUUGAAAAGAGAUACACUAUUUGGUCCAUGCGGCCAUGUUGCUACUUGUUCUUUGUGCUCUCCACGUGUAAAAAAAUGCCUCAUUUGCAAAGAGCAAGUGCAGUCCAGGACUAAGAUUGAAGAAUGUGUUGUGUGCUCAGACAAGAAAGCAGCAGUACUGUUUCAGCCAUGUGGCCAUAUGUGUGCAUGUGAAAAUUGUGCAAGUCUUAUGAAAAAGUGUGUUCAGUGUCGUGCUGUGGUUGAGCGCAGAGUGCCGUUUGUUAUGUGUUGUACAGGAAAGGCUACAGAAGACGUUACAGAAGAAAUAGCAGGUGGAAACAUUCCAGCAUUUCAGAAGGACAAGGACAACACCAAUGUCAAUGCAGAUGUGCAGAAGCUGCAGCAACAGUUACAGGAUAUAAAAGAACAGACUAUGUGUCCUGUGUGCUUGGACCGGCUGAAGAAUAUGAUCUUCAUGUGUGGACAUGGAACCUGCCAACUUUGUGGAGACCGAAUGAGUGAAUGCCCCAUUUGUCGGAAGGCCAUCGAAAGAAGAAUAUUAUUAUACAGUAUGUCUUGUUAGGAGAUCGAAAACCUUGAUGUAAAGAAUCUGAGAUGUUGAGCUUCCAAAGACAGAACAAAGAAGCUAAUUUGAUACCUUUUGAAAUUAUGGCCUUGUGUUCCAUUUUUAAAGAAUGUAAACAUUUCAAAACCUACAUAUUGCAUUUUCAGCACUAUUUCUAAUCUGUCCUAUUUAAAGGCUUGUUUAUACCACUUGUGUGUUUAAAAGGCUGCUAAAUUGUCCAUGGCUAAUUACGUUUCACACAUGUUUAUUUUGUUUUUUUAAAUGCCUGUUCAUCUUGGCAGUACAUAGUUCCAUGCCUUUCUCAGACACCAAGCUGUUAUUUUUAUUGUCUAUGUAUUGAACUAUUUAUUCUAACUGCCUAAAGAUAACCAUUUUCUGUAUCAUUAUUAGCUUGUCUUAUUAAAACUUUAUUAAGUAAGAAGACUGUUAAAUAACUUACUCAAAACACUACCAUUUUCUGAAGCUGAUCUAAAGAAAAAUUCUGUAACAACUUUUAAUUAAUUUAAAAAUACUAUGGCUAAAGAAACAGCAAUAAUUAUGUUUUGCUGCAGUUUGUGGGCUAUACACAUUUACCAAAAUUAGCCUUUUAUUUUGGACAAAUAUUUUUUACCUAUAUAGUUUUAAAUGGGAGCAGGACAUUGUUUUGUUUUAAACUGGAAGCUGCCAAGGAGAGCUGAAGUGAUAUUUAAAUCCGUAUAAAAUUUACGUACCUUAAGAAAUAGAUUAAAGAACCGCCAUUACGUUUUAUUUAGCAAAAUAAUACAUGCACAAUGAAUACACCGCCAUGUGUAAAUAUCCAAAGUGCUUAAGAAGAGUAAAAUUUGUAUCAGUGUUAAAUGGUUAAACAUUGCAAAAGAAGUCUGUAAACUUAGUGAUUCUUUUAUGAUUCAUGCUUGUCAUUUUGAAAAUAAUGUUAUGGCUCAUUAAAGAUAUGGCAGAGUAUGUAUUUGUGUGUACUUAUUUUUUGGCACUUGUGUUAAUAUACUAUUUUUAGUUGCUGAUUGCAAAAUUAAUGUACUUGAGCAGCUAUGACUCUCAAAACCAAAAACAAUGAUAUAUUUUUUUUAUUUUGGAUAAAAAUAAUGCUUUAUAAUUGUAUUGCUAGCAAUCAUAUUAUAGGUUUAGAAGAUAAACCAAUACAAUGUUUAAAUAGUUCUAGUUUAGUAACCUGCUAAAGUAAAGGUAGUGUAUCAUGUAUUGUGCAUUGUCAGGCAAACAUUUUCUCAAUUUUUUUCUGGUUAACACAGCAAAAAUACAGGACCUAAGCACUUGCAUUAAUGGUUAUAAUUAUUUCUUUUGUAAAAUGAUGAUGCUCCACAGUCCUCUAUAAUAUAUUGGAUAUAUUUCCCACCACUAGGAGGAGGUCAAGAACCCAUAAAAGAGCUUUAAAACCUUCCCACCUCCCAUCUCUCUUAGUUUUGUUCUUGGCUUUGUAGGAGAUGGUUGAGAAUAGAGGUUGUUCCUUCAUUGUGUUCAGAUCUUGCUAACUCUAGGUAGCGGAUAUUACAUAAUUUGAUUAUAAUAAACGCUUUGAAGUUCUAUCUCAAAGCAAAUAUAGAUUUUAGACAAACUUCUAGUUUGUUUUUUUACUGCUAACUCUAGUAAGGGCUGAAAACUACUAAGGUAGGGUUUAUCUAUAAGAAGGGAUUCAAGACUUUUUUGAUGGUAGGAAGGUCACCUUUCUAAGAGCAUUACAGCUCUUAACAUUGUGAGGUUUUGUAACAUUUUGCAUCUUUGGAGCAGAUUUGCAAAGCUGCAACAUACUUUAUCUGCAUACUUUUUUUUUUUUUUUUUUAGUUUUUCGCAUGAGGUUUUGCUUUUUAACAAGCAGCUUUUAGCACUGAAGUCCUUUAGGCCAUAGUGUCAGAUAAAUAAGAACUGCCAGUAAAAUUGUCCCACCCUUUCCAUAACAUAGACCAUCGGCUUGGGUAUUAAUCCCAUAUGUUAUGGAAGACUGUGGACCAUCAUCAUUUUACGAAAGAAAAGAAAAUUUAUACUACCUGAUAAAUAAUUUUCUUUCGGGAUGAUGAUGAUCUGCAGGCCCUGCCCAUUUAAAUUUUUGGGCUACAGUUCUAAUAACAGCUCUAUAUACCCUGCUUUGCCUUUGCUUCCCAUUCUCUACUCAUCUAUACAUGGGAAAUAUAUCCCAUAUGUUAUGGAGGACUGUGGACCAUUAUCAUUCCGAAAGAAAAUAAUUUAUCAGGUAAGCAUAAAUUUUGUUUUUACUACAUACAUAUUGACAGCAUGUUAAUUUUUUUCUAAUGUAUAAAAUUAUUUAGUGCCUCAGUAACACACGCAAAUCAUUACUAAAAAUAACACAUCUUAGUUUGAAAAUGUAGGGCUUACUUUGAAAAAAAUGUUUUUUUUUUAUUUUUUAUUUAUUUCAUUCUAGAUGUUCCUUAAAGGCUAUUCAUUUUCCAAUACUUUGGUGCUGUUUUCUUUGUUAUAGAUUUUUUUUAUUUUUGUUGUCUAUUCUUUUUUGGCAGCUUUGGAAAGUCAUCUAGCAUAAAAUUGCAUCUUACACAGAAUUUGAUUUUGCAAUCUUUCUAUAGUACUGUAUAUAACUUGCUAAACAAUAAAAAGUUAAUUGGUUAUUCAGGAAA